GAAAACUGGACGUCGGUGUCGACGCUGUUCACCAUGGGGUGGAAGGACUGACCUAUCUGCUUACUGAAAGCUCCAAGCUUAUGAUUUCGGAGAUAGACUUCCAAGAUUCCAUUCAUGUGCUGGGGUUCUCUGAUGACUUGAACAAAUUACUGCUCCAGCUGUACCUCGAUAACAGGAAGGAGAUCAGAAGCAUUCUCGGUGAGCUGGCACCGAAGCUUCCCAGCUAUCACAGUCUGGAAUGGAGACUGGAUGUGCAGCUUGCAAGCAGAAGCUUGAGACAACAGAUUAAGCCUGCCGUGACGAUAAAGCUACACCUGAGUCAGAACGAAGAUCAAACUGCCCAAGUGUUGCAAACCGACCCUUCUACCCUCCUCCACCUCAUUCAGCAACUGGAACAAGCGCUGGGGGAAAUGAAGACAAACCACUGCAGGAGAAUAGUGCGCAACAUGAAAUAG